CAUGUAGUCGGUUAAAUAUCGAGAAAUCACAAGUUAAAAAUUUAAGACGUUGUCUGGCAGUAUUGAAGGAGUCAACUUGAUCGUACGAAAAUGUGGCAAGCCGGAAUCUUGAUCCUUUAUCUUAUUCAUUAUGUUCAUACAGGAAAUGAUCCACGUUGUCCAGUAUUGAACCGUAGUGUGAGAUGCAAGAGUUACCUAAAAGUUGAUCAAUGUCAGACAGAUACCAACUGUCAUGGUGGCAAAGUAUGUUGUCCACAAAAAUGUGGAAAAGACUGCGUCACCCCAAUCCCUGCAAAACCCAGACCAGGAGUGUGUCCAUCAGUUCCGAAGGACGUACCAGAAAUUUGUAAACGUAUUCGUGUGAUUUCUAACUGUCAUGUUGACACAGACUGUAGAAGUAGAAAUCAAAAAUGUUGUAGAAAACCAUGUGGAAAUUUUGCUUGCACUGAUCCUUUAAAAGGUGACCGUCCUGGAUGUCCAGUUUGUCUCAAUAACCAAGGUAGCACAGAAUGUCCUGUGUGUGUUCGUUACCAGCAGUUAUGUAACGCAGAUACUGAAUGUAAACCAGGUCAAAUGUGUUGCUUCAAUCCUUCCUGUGGUACAUCGUGCAAAGGCAAAGUAUGCCCCGAAAUAUUAUGUCCUUUAAUAAAAUGUUCAUUAGGAUUUCAAAAGGACGAAAAUGGCUGUGAGAUAUGUAAAUGCAGACAAGAUCCUUGUCCGAUGUACUCCCCUCCUCCACCAUGGCUUUGCACUGAUGGUAAAGCAAAAAUAUUCUAUGUAGAUGGAGUGAAAUGUUAUGGCCCUCCUGGUAUCAUUCCAUGCAAUAAAGAUUGUCGCUUACCCAAACAACCCGGACCAUGUAAAGGCAGUUUCCCAAGAUAUUUCUUCAAUCUCAAAACAAUGAAAUGUGAAAAGUUUAUAUAUGGUGGAUGCCAAGGAAACGCCAACAAUUUUGAAUUACUAACUGAAUGCCAAGAUAAAUGUAUAGAUAAACCAAGACCGAAGUGUCCACCAUUAUGUGAAAUAUUCUGUCCAUUUGGUAACGUGAUAGAUAAGAACAACUGUCCAAUUUGUAAAUGCAAAACAGGAUGUACGGAUAUUGCAAGUCCUUUACCGUCAGUCAGCUGUGGUUUAGGCAAGCCAAGAUGUCCCUCUAAAUACCAGUGUAAAACAGCUCAAAAUGGUGUAGGAGUGUGUUGUCCGUAUGAAUGUCCUCUUUACAAGUGCAAAUCAUGUCCAUACGGUUAUGUGAUUGACGCAAAUGGCUGUCAAACAUGUACAUGUAAACCUAGAUGUGGACCUGUUUGUGCUAUAUUCUGUCCCUUUGGAAAUGUUCUUGAUGAAAACAACUGUCCAACUUGUAGAUGCAAAACAGGAUGUAAGGGUAAUGUUAGUCCAUUAGGAUCAAUCAGCUGUGGUUCAGGUCAACAAAGAUGUCCCGCUCGAUAUCAAUGCAACACACCCUCAGCAGGCGGCAGUGGAGUAUGCUGUCCUUAUGUAUGUCCGCAAAUAAAAUGCAGCAGACCAUGUCCAUACGGUUAUAAGUCUGACGUCAAUGUGUGUCAGACAUGCCAAUGUCUACCUGCAUGUGAAAAGGGGACGCCUCAAGGGACUUGCAGAUUUGGACCAUUGGACAGUAAACCGUGUCCAUCAGGAACCUACUGUAAAAACUCAGUCUGCUGUAAAAUCCCUUGUAAAUUUGGUGAUCCUCAUCCAACACUUUCCUGUGGAAUGGUUAUCGGCUCUAACAAGUGUCCAGCUGGAUAUAGCUGUCUAGGGGGACCAGCUGAUGAAUACUUUGCUUGUUGUCCUGACGAAAAUAAGCCAACACCAGACAAAUGCCCGAGAGACCGAUACCCAAACUCAAGGUGUUAUGUCCGACGAAGCUGUAGAAACGAUUCAUCUUGUCUUGGGAAGAAGAAAUGUUGCAAACAAGGAUGUCAAUAUAAAUGUGUAAAUCCUGUUUACUAAUCAGUUCUACGGAAAUAAACACUAUAUAAUGGUGUUGUAAAUUAAUUAUGUUAAGUUGAAUAAAGUAAAACUUUUUUA